AUGAAGUUCACCCUGAAGCCAGUCGCACUCUCCUACCAGAUACGCCAGAUGGGCGAUCCCAGAACGCGAGACUACCCGUUGGUGACCGACCCUCUCUUCGUAUUGACACUGCUGCUCUCCUACUUGUACUUCGUCAGAGUCGCUGGACCUCGCUGGAUGAAGAACCGCGAGCCUUUCCGAAUCCUCAACAUCGUGCGCGCGUACAACAUCGUCAUGGUGCUCCUCGCGGUGAAGUUCCUCGUCGAGGUGCUCCCGCUAACCUACCUUCCGGGAGGGGAGUACAGUCUCUGGUGCCAGGGCAUCACGGGUCGCUCGAGCGACGUCAUGCUCGAGUACUACCGCACCGGCUGGGUGUACGCUGCGGCGCGCUACUUCGAUCUCCUGGACACGGUGUUCUUCGUGCUGCGCAAGAAGUACAGCCAGAUCACGCACCUGCACGUCAUCCACCACACGAUUGUGGUGGCCAACACUUGGCUCUUCACGCUCUUCGCUCCCGAAGGUCAGCCGGCUCUGGGCGUGUGUCUGAACACGUUCGUGCACGCCGUCAUGUACUUCUACUACUUCCUCGCGACGUUCGGUCCCGCGGUGCGGAAGUACCUCUGGUGGAAGAAGCAUCUGACCACGUUUCAGAUUGUGCAGUUCGCGAUCAUAAUCGCGCACAUGUCUGUCACGCUGUUCGUGGACUGCGGCUUCCCGAAGCAUCUGACGCUGCUUUGCAUCGCCCAGACGUUGCUUAUUCUUGGUUUGUUCGUAAAUUUCUACUCUCGCACGUACCUGUAUCAGAGGCCCGAACAGUCGGUUCUCCGUCAGCAAAGUGAUGCAGACGGUAAGACUGGCGAGUUAAUUCAGAGCCGGAAAACUGAGUGA